AGUCCCACGCAUCUCAGUCUUGCAUACUACCACUACAGCAUCCGCCUCGUUCACAUCGAAAAUCUCUCCUCCGCCCGCCACCACAAUGCAAGCGCUCAACUCCACCGCGCUCCGCCCGUCGCCGCUGGACCCGCUCCGGAAGACGACGUCGCACUUCCCCUCUGGAGUCGCCGUCAGGCCGCUCCCCAGGCGUCUCCGCGUGGUUUCCGCCACCGCCGCCCCCAAGCGGGAGAAGGACCCGAAGAAGCGCGUCGUCAUCACCGGGAUGGGGCUCGUAUCCGUCUUCGGCAAUGACGUGGACGCCUACUACGACAAGCUCCUAGCUGGGGAGAGCGGCAUCUCCGCCAUCGAUCGGUUCGACGCCUCCAAAUUCCCCACCCGAUUCGGCGGCCAGAUUCGGGGGUUUAAGGCCGAGGGUUAUAUUGACGGUAAGAACGACAGGCGGCUCGACGAUUGCCUCAGGUACUGCAUUGUUGCCGGGAAGAAAGCUCUCGAAAAUGCUGAUCUCGGAGCUGAUGGAAUCGGGAAGAUUGAUAAGGAGCGAGCUGGGAUUCUUGUUGGAACUGGAAUGGGUGGUCUUACAGUUUUCUCUGAUGGUGUUCAAGCCUUAAUUGAAAAGGGUUACAGGAAAAUAACUCCGUUUUUCAUACCUUAUGCCAUAACCAACAUGGGUUCUGCUUUGCUUGCUAUUGACCUUGGUUUUAUGGGACCAAACUACUCGAUUUCGACUGCUUGUGCUACCUCCAACUACUGCUUCUAUGCAGCUGCCAAUCAUAUUCGUCGAGGUGAGGCUGAUUUGAUGUUAGCAGGUGGAACAGAGGCUGCCAUAAUACCCAUUGGACUAGGAGGUUUUGUGGCAUGCAGAGCUUUGUCUCAAAGAAAUGAUGAUCCACAAACAGCUUCUAGACCAUGGGAUAAAGACCGUGAUGGUUUCGUCAUGGGUGAAGGAGCUGGAGUAUUGGUGAUGGAAAGCUUGGAACAUGCAAUGAAACGUGGUGCACCUAUAAUUGCCGAGUAUCUGGGAGGUGCAGUAACUUGCGAUGCUUAUCACAUGACUGAUCCUAGAGCUGAUGGACUUGGUGUUUCUUCAUGUAUCCAUAGUGCUCUUGAAGAUGCUGGUGUAUCACCUGAAGAGGUGAACUACAUAAAUGCUCAUGCAACUUCGACUCUAGUCGGAGAUUUAGCCGAGGUCAAUGCUGUUAAGAAGGUAUUCAAGGACACUUCAGAGAUCAAAAUGAAUGCUACCAAGUCCAUGAUCGGACACUGCCUGGGUGCUGCUGGUGGCCUGGAAGCUAUUGCAACGGUGAAAGCCAUUACAACUGGGUGGCUACAUCCUACAAUUAACCAAUUUAACCCCGAGCCCUCAGUGGAGUUUGACACAGUCCCAAACAAGAAACAGGAGCAUGAAAUCAAUGUUGCCAUUUCAAAUUCAUUUGGCUUUGGUGGACACAACUCGGUCGUAGCCUUCUCUGCAUUCAAGCCUUGAUUGUUUUAGCAAACUAGCAGCCUUACACACACUGGAGACCUAACCAAAAUCUCGCAUAGAGGCAUCUUCUUUUGCUCUGCAAUUUGCUGCACGGGCAGAGGCACGGAGCUAUGAUUUGCUAUUGUUGUUACGUGUAAUAAUUUUGGGUUUUAGCUCUUCAUUACAAGACAUCUCCCAUAAUAUUUUUGUUUUUAGAAUUUGCAUUCUGGUAAGUAACUCUUUUGUUCUACGGGACCUUAUAGCUAUAUAAUGGUGAAAUAUCUAUCUGUUUUGAGUCA